AUGUCCAACGACCAGAUGGCAAACUACCUGUCCGACCUUCGAACGAAUAGAACUCCUCGACCAGGCGGCAUCAAACCUACGCCGUCGCCCGCUCCCUCUGCAACCUACUCUGUUGAACCUCCCCGAAGCCUUGCUGGCAGGUAUAGCAUCGACCAGUUGCCUCGCCAGGCUAUCCCUGAACCUCGCAGAGAGCCUUCGUUUGCACCCAGCUACGCUGCCAGCAGUGUGGCCUCUCGCUACUCUACCGCCGGCAGCAUGCGUGGCCGUGACUACUACCAAGCUGCACCCAGUGCACCCACUGGCUCCAUGAACCCUAACGAGGUGGUCCCAACAGCGACGUACAUGGAGCGUGGCCAGCGCUGGAUGGAGAAGGAAGAGGUUGUGUCACUGCGAGACGCCAUGGACCAGAUGCACAUCCGCUCUCGUCCGUCCCCCGCGCCCUCACCCGCCAUUGACGAGGAGCAGCGUGUCUACAACGCCGCCCUCGACGAGGCCGCCGAGCUUGUCUGGCAGCACCAAAACGGCCGCAUGGAGCCUGAGCGGCCAGACGGGGCGUACCGAUACCGGCCGCACCUCCGCAAGAACAGCUACGCGUAUGCCCGGGCCGCUAGUAUCGGUGACCACGGGGAGGACAUCAUCCCUACCGGCAUGAACCGCGAUAUUGGGUACCGCUCCGUGUCCAAUGGUUCCCAGGGCAGCGAUGGAUACCGCCGCGACAGCAGCAGCACCCGCCCGUCAGGCGAGUAUUACAGCGUCCCCAACGACACAGUGGGGAGCCGCCGCAAGACGUAUGGCGGUGUGGCCAACCAGAGUUAUGGCCGCCGCAGCAGCAGGAGAAACAUCAGCGGUGAGGUUGUCGACGUGCCCUUUUCCGGAGACCAAAUCUGGAACGAGCCCGGGUCUCCUGGCAGCCAAGUCGCUCCUGUUCCUGCCAUUGCCACGCAUCUCGUCGACAGACACUCUGUUGUCAACCAGCCCGCUAUGCAUCCUCCUCCAUCCAAGCCUCUGAACCGUGUGGAAAUCCACCGCAACCCGCCCAGCCGCUCCCGCAAUGCGCAGUACACGACAAACGCGGCCUCUGGCCCGCCAGCCCCGGAUCCGCGGGUCGAAACGCGCAACGGCAUCGAGAAGCGCAGCCAGGACAUCCGCGAUGCCACCAGCAUGAGGAAAAGCGACCGCAGCGCACGCCUCCCCGAGCCCACUGCCGUCAGUGACAGGCCCGGUCGCCCUAUUUCGCCCCGACGGCGCCGCUCCAUUUCCGUCGACCCCAGCAGCAGCAACACCAAGCACCACCGCCGGUCGGGCGUGUUCAAGUCCCUACCAUCGCUCAUCCCUACCAUUGCCAUAGGAAACGACGACGAUGACGCUGCUGCACCUGGUAUCCCUGCCAUCAAUAUUCCUUCUAUUGCUGUGGACGAGCCGUCCUCUACAGCUCCUGAGGUACCGUCUAUUUCCGUCUCUGUCGAUGAGCCCAAAGAGAAAGUCUCGGGCUCGAGGCCGCUUCCUGCCGCUGGCCGUCAGCGAAGCAAGCCCCGUGCACCAUUCCAACCUCGGGGUCAUAUUUCUCUAGGCCCUGCUAUACCUGGCCGUGCUCGCACGCUGUGCCAUGAAUGCGGGUUUCCCAUUGACGGCCGGUUCGUGUCGCUGGCCGGCAUCUCGGAGCGGUUCCAUCCCGCAUGCUUCUCCUGCUACUGCUGCGGCACGAGUCUCGAGGCCAUGGAGAUCAGCCCCGAGCCGGACACGGUGCGCCUCGCCCGCGUGGAGCGUAUCCGCCGCCGCGAAGCUGGCGAGGAUGUCCCUGAUGAGCCUGGUGCCACGGAGGCAGACGAUGGUGAUGAGCGCCUCCGCUUCUACUGCCAUCUUGACUGGCAUGAGUCGUUUGCUCCCCGCUGCAAGCACUGCAAGACGCCGAUCCUGGGCGAGCAUGUCGUUGCGCUGGGCGAGCACUGGCACAACGGGCAUUUCUUCUGCGCCGAGUGUGGUGAUCCCUUCUCGCACGGCAUGACGCACAUUGAAAAGGACGGCUACGCGUGGUGCAUCAACUGCCAGACCAAGCGGACCGAGAGGCGCGCGCCCAAGUGCCGCGCAUGCAAGACGGCCGUGAUUGGGCAGUACAUUGAGGCUCUUGGAGCCGAGUGGCACGACCACUGCUUCCGCUGUGCGGAUUGUAGUGGUGGUUUUGCGGAUGGCCAGAUCUUUGUCCGCGAGGGAGGCUCGGGUGUCGUGGUCUGCACGGCGUGCCGAGCCAAGGAGUUGAAGCUGUAA